AUGACAUUUCGUUUCUAAACGUUAUCGAUAUUCUAAAGUACCUACUUGUUUCGUAACAGGGUUGGAUUUUCAGCUUAAGUUUUGCAGUGAUAUUCUAAAAAUUCAGCUAUGUAUCACCAACUGAACAGAUUAACUGGCAGACUGAUUGCCUCUACUCAUCUGCAGAAUCCACUUUUCCCAGUUGCACCAAUUGUUCUGCAACGAGUGGACCCACCAGCAAUCCAGUACAACACGACUCAUAUGUCAACAGUAACCGAAGCCACUGCAUGUUCUACAGGCUCCAGGCGUUUGAUGCCCGGCACCAACAUUCCCUACCCCCCUGUCAGUGAGACUAUUCGUAAGAAGCAAGAAUUGUUCCAGAAAGAAAAUGAUCUUCCCGUUCAUUUGAAGGGAGGGCCGGUUGAUGCCAUACUGUACCGCUUAACUAUGGCGUUGUGUAUUGUAGGAUUGGGUGGCAUUCUCCAUACUGUCUACACCCAUGCAGUCCCUAAGAAACAGUAAUAUGUAGUCAAAAACCAUUAAUUUAUGUUUUAGAUGCCUGUGUAGAACUCUGUAUCUGCUAAAUAAUAAAGAACUACGUUAUAUUAUA